AUGUGGACGAUUCCACCUGUGACAAAGCAGAUGCGCUUCCUGUUACUGUUCAGUCGGCAGGGGAAGCUGCGACUGCAGAAAUGGUUCACACCGUUAACAGAGCGGGAGAAGAAGAAGGUGAUCCGAGACAUGACGAUGUUAGUGUUGGCCCGUCCACCACGUUCCAGCAACUUCCUCCAAUGGAGGGACCUCAAGAUUGUUUACAAGAGGUAUGCCAGCCUGUAUUUCUGCACAGGUCUGGAGGAAAAUGAUAAUGAGCUGCUGAGCCUGGAGGUACUACACAGAUAUGUGGAGUUGCUGGAUAGAUAUUUUGGCAACGUGUGUGAGUUGGACAUCAUUUUCAACUUUGAGAGGGCCUACUUCAUCCUGGAUGAAUUCCUGAUGGGAGGAGAAGUCCUAGAAACUUCCAAAAUAGCUGUGGGUGUAUCUAUAGAAGAGGCCGAUACGUUCCAAGAGACAAUGGAGGAAUACUUGAGCAAACCUGCCUACUGAGCCAAGAGAAGACAAGAAUGAAAGGUGGAUUACU